CUCACCAUUUGGUUGUUGUUUCGAACGCACUCCACUCCUCCUCUACCGGCUUCCGCUGCCGGCCGCGGCCGUCCCCACCCACCACCACCACCACCACCGCGACCGCAACCAGCACUGCGGGACAGCGCAGCCUCGGGGCCUCCGGCGAGCCCAGGCGCCCGGAGUGUGAGGAAGCGAGGAUGAGCGGGGCGGCGCUGUGCGCGGCGCUGACGGAGCUGGGGUUCGACGGGGAGGACCCGCUGGACGCGGACGCGCUCGAGUGGCCCUUCCAGUACGAGGAGGCCCGCCCGCUGCUCGCCUGGAUCUGCUCCUGCCUCCGCCCCUCCAACGUCCUCUCCCCCUCCCACCUCUCCCAGUAUGAGCAACUCGUGGAAGAGGGAAGACUGCUAGAGGGUGAGGAUUUGGACUCUGCUUUUGAUAGUAUUUCAGCCUUUUCAAGCAAGAAAGACAAUCAAGAGGCUGUCUUUGAAGCAGAAGAAACUAUUCUUGACAUUCGAGAAGCAAAACUAGCAUAUAGAGCUGAAGUUUUUGAGUUGCAGAGGCAGCUUGCACGGCAGCAAGCACAAUUUGAUAUGCUUGCAGGGCAAGCAUCUUCGCUUAUUCAAGGCAGACGAGCACGUGUAUCAGCUAUGUCUGCAGUUAGCGUGCAACUUAUAUCACUAGAUGAGAUACUUUCAUCCAGAAACUUGGAGAUGAAUGCAGUUCUUGGAAGAAUUACUGCUACAACCCAAGAAUUGGCACAUUAUCAUUCAGGAGAUGAGGACAGUAUAUACUUGGCAUAUUCAGACUUCCAUCCGUAUGUUAUUGGGGAUUUGGCUUGUACAAAGGAGCUAAACCGGUGGUUCUCGAAGCAAUUUGAGAAGGGGCCAUUUCGACUUGUUGCCGAGGAGGGAAAAUCGAAAUGUUCCUGGGUGAGUCUUGAUGACAUCACAAAUGGCCUGACAAGAGGAGAUUCUGAAAAAUCUCAUCAUCACCAACGUGUGACUGAGUUGCAACGACUUCGUUCGAUAUUUGCUACAAGUGAAAGACAAUGGAUUGAAGCACAAGUUGAGAAUGCUAAACAACAGGCCAUACUCCAAAUUUUAAAAUCUCAAGUAUCCUCCGACGAGGCUCACAUACAUAGGGAUAUACAUUCUCUUAGGAGAAAAAGUUCUGAGCUUGCUGGAGAACUCUCAACACUUACUCAAAAGGUGCAGCCUUUCAUAUCUGAGACCAUACCAUGCCUUUGUUCGGAACUUGCUCAACUUCAAGGCACAUAUAUUUUGCAAGGUGAUUACGAUUUAAAGGUCAUGCGCCAGGAAUACUAUAUCAACAGGCAGAAAACUUUCAUCAACCACUUGGUUAAUCAGCUUGCUAGACACCAAUUUCUGAAGAUUGCUUGCCAACUUGAAAGGAAGCACAUAGCCAGUGCCCACGCAUUGCUUAGAGUCAUAGAAUCUGAGCUACAUAGCUACUUAUCGGCAGUCAACGCCCGUCUGGGCCAUUGCAAUUCAUUAAUUCAAGCUGCGUCUGAGGUACGUGAACAAGGAGCAAUUGAUGAUCGUGACACUUUCCUCCAUGCAGUGCGAGAUCUACUAUGUAUUCACUCAAAUUCCCAAGCAGCAGUACCAACAUACAUGUCAGCACAUGCUUUAGUUCAGCAGAUAUCGGCACUUCAAUCUGACUUGCUUUCUCUUCAGUCUGAACUUGAAACUACUCUUCCAGCUGACAGGAAAAGAUGUAUCAAUGAGCUAUGCACUCUGAUUCAAACAGUUGAACAACUUCUAUUUGCAUCGUCAACAACUGCAGAACCAGUAUUGACGCCCUGGCCACUGAUGCGAGCACUUGAUGAUAUGGAAAAUGCCAAUGCUCAAGUUGAAGUUGCUGUUGAAGAAGUAACCAAGGCUCGCACUCAAAAGAUAAAGAUCUUUGAAAAUCGCGCACAUGAGGUGGGGAGGGAAAGGCAGGUGUUUGUUGAUUUCUUCAGCAACCACGAGCGUCUCAAGAAUCAAGUCAGAGAGCUGACCUCCCGCGUGAAAGCUCUCCAGGAAUGAAGCCGUUUUCUCCCAGAUGGUCUUAAGAAAAUCGAAAGCAAUGGCCGAAAGCUCACAUCUCCUAUGUGGCAAUUCUAUUUCUUGUAGAGAGCUCCAGCGCAAAAUUGGGCACGUGAGUGGUGCCGGUAUGCAACAUCGAGUGAUUUUAGAUGGAUAUUCAGGACAUAUAUGCCAGUGGCCACCUGAAUGGUUGGCGUCAUUGUUGUAUUAUGCUUCUUUGUAUGUUGUAAAAUAUGCUAGGGAUCACGAGCAAGCUUGGACUAGGUUGUGGGGGUGGUGUGUAAAAUACAAUUGAUUUAGUUUGUAUUAGGUGGUUGAUUUAGGUUUUUUUUUAGUUUGGUGGCUGAUUUAGUUGAGCCAACAUCUCAUGUGUCAAAUGUUGAAAGUUACUUCAGUUCAGAAUCACUAUAAACCUAA